GAGAACUCUAUAAAGUCCCAAAGGGAAAAAGAGUCCAGGAAAAGAAACACAAUCGCAACAGAAACUUUGCAGCCUGAAGAUCGUCAACAACUAUAAGGAGGGAAAGCAAGUGAUGUGACCGUAGGAUUUACAUAUAUAUAUAAUGUGUAUGGCUCCAUCCCUGUCCUUCCAGUCUGACAGCUCCGCGCUGCGCCUGACUCAGCCUGCUGCACUGCGUGCAAUGAGCGCUCUCUCCCCGGCUGCGGCGGAUGCAGACGGGACCGGGAAGUGCUGCGAUUAAGGUUUGAUCCAGAUUAAGAAGCAGGUGAUCCCUGGCAGAGCCGCUGAGGUGCAGGGCGCUGGGCUCUCACCUCCAAUAGUCUCCGGCUACACAGACAGAAGAUGUGGCUAAUGGCCCGGGCUUGCCUAUAAAGCGAGUCUCUGCUGGGCUCUGGGGAACCCCGGCCAGUUACCUCUCCCUCCCUGCCGUACCUGUAUGAGGAAUGCUAUCUUGUUCCAAGGGGCCCUGCCAUUCGGGGCCCUAACUCGACUGUGUGGUGUCUGCCAGCUGUACUGGAACAUGUGUUUGUGCCCCACUCUGCGCCCCACACGGAACAAUGGCUCUGAGUAAAGCGCUGAAAGUGCACGUCAGGCAUGAGCCUGCCCCUUACAGUGUCCUGCUGGAGUCCCGCAACAGGGAGGACUGUUUGCUCUUCGAAUCGGGCACAGUGGCCACCCUCACACCUGAUGAAAGAGAGGUUAUUAGAGGACAAUAUGAGAGACUUCAAGAUGCUUAUGGCUGCCUAGGGGAGCUUUGUCUAAAAUCAGGGAACAUUCCUUUAAACUUCCUUAUAUUAGUAAGUGGAUGCUCCUCGGUUGGAAGAAUUUUGGAUGCUGAAGUUUAUAAAAUCACAGCUACAGACUUCUGUCCUCUUCAGGAAGAGACCAAAGAAGAGGAGCGUGUCACAGCUCUCAGGAAAAUACUCAAUUCAGGGAUGUUUUAUUUCUCAUGGCCAAAUGCUGGAUCAAAUUUUGACCUUACCCAUCGGGCCCAAAAACAAGCUGUUAACAGCAGUUGUGAAUCUGGAAAUUGGUUCUUUUGGAACAGAUUGCUGCAUGUGCCUUUGAAACACUAUCAGGUUAGCUGUGCUGACUGGCUCUUGAAAGUUAUUUGUGGGGGAGUAGAAAUCCGUACUGUAUAUGCCUCCCAUCGAAAAGCAAAGGCUUGCCUUAUCUCACGGAUAAGCUGUGCGCGGGCUGGUGCCAGAUUCCAUAUCCGUGGAGUUGAUGAUGAUGGACAUGUGUCUAACUUUGUUGAAACAGAGCAGACUGUAUACGUGGAUGAUGACGUUUCCUCCUUUGUUCAAAUCAGAGGCUCCGUUCCAAUGUUUUGGGAACAACCAGGGCUGCAGGUUGGCUCUCACCAUCUUAAACUUACCAGAGGACUUGAGGCCAAUGCCCCAGCAUUUGACAGGCAUAUGAUGCUGUUGAAAGAGCAGUAUGGCAAACAAGUGCUUGUUAAUCUCUUACGAAGCAAAGGAGGAGAGGAGGUUUUAAGUCGUGCUUUUAAGAAACUACUGUGGGCAUCAUUACAUGCAGAUGAUGUGCCAAUGAUUAACUUUGACUACCAUCAGAUUGUGAAAGGUGGAAAAAUAGAGAAGUUGGAGAAUCUGUUGAAACCACAGUUAAAACUGGAUUUGGAGGAGUUUGGAGUAUUUACUAGAGGCGACCACUUAACUCCACGUCUUCAAAAAGGCACUUUCCGAAUAAACUGCUUGGACUGUUUGCAUCGCACAAAUAGUGUCCAGUCUUAUAUUGCACUUGAGGUUUUACGUACUCAGCUGGAAAGUCUUGGAUUAGUUGAUAUGAAGUCUGUUAUGGAAAGAUUUGAAGAAUCCUACAAAUCCAUGUGGACCGCUAAUGGCCAUAACAUGAGCAUGAUAUUUACAGGAAGCAGAGCCCUUGAAGGCAAGGCUAAGGUUGGAAAGCUGAAAGAUGGAGCGCGAACAGUUUCUAGAACCAUACAAACAAAUUUCUUUGAUGGAGCAAAGCAAGAAGCUAUUGAUUUAAUGCUUAUGGGAGACUUCUUCAAUGAGCAAUAUGCAGACAAAGGACGAAUGCUAAUGGAUAGCUCUGCACUCCUAGUAAUCCCCAGUGUUUUAAAGUCUAUAUCUGAACGACAGUUGGAAUUCACUAAUUAUAAAAGAACUCGUGUUGCUAUGGGCACAUGGAAUGUAAAUGGGGGAAAGCAGUUUCGCAGUAAAAUCCUUAGCACUAGUGAACUCACAGACUGGCUUCUGGACUCCCCAAAGCUCUCUGGAACUCCAGAUUUUCAGGAUGAUGAGAGCAACCCGCCAGAUAUUUUUGCUGUUGGGUUUGAGGAAAUGGUUGAACUCAGCGCAGGAAAUAUUGUCAGUGCAAGCACAACUAAUCGGAAAGUGUGGGCUGAACAAAUUCAGAAGGCUCUGUCAAGGUCUCAUCGCUACAUACUAUUGACUUCAGGGCAGCUUGUUGGAGUUUGUCUCUUUGUUUUUGUAAGACCUUACCACAUGCCCUUUAUUAGAGAUGUGGCAACAGACACUGUAAAAACAGGGCUGGGGGGUAAAACUGGGAACAAAGGAGCAGUGGCUAUUCGCUUCCAGUUCUACAGCACAAGCUUCUGCUUUAUCUGCAGUCACUUUACUGCAGGGCAGAACCAAGUAAAAGAACGCAAUGAAGACUACAAGGAGAUCACUCAGAAAUUAAGCUUCCCUAUGGGAAGAAAUGUCUUUUCCCAUGACUAUGUCUUCUGGUGUGGUGAUUUCAAUUACCGCCUGGACCUCCCAUAUGAUGAAGUGUUUUAUUACAUUAGACGCCAGGACUGGAAAAAGCUCCUAGAAUAUGAUCAACUUCAACUUCAAAAGUCUGCAAGCAAAAUCUUUAAAGACUUCUAUGAGGGAACCAUUCACUUUGGACCUACGUACAAGUAUGACAUUGGCUCAGAAGCAUAUGACACAAGUGAAAAGUGUCGCACACCAGCCUGGACAGACAGAGUUCUUUGGUGGAGAAAGAAAUGGCCAUUUGAGAAAUCAGCAAGAGACAUUAAUCUUCUAGACAGUGAUCUGGAUUUCAGUACUAAAAUAAAACACACAUGGACUCCGGGUGCUCUUAUGUACUAUGGCAGAGCAGAACUUCCGUAUUCUGAUCACAGGCCUGUGCUGGCUAUGGUGGAAGUGGAAGUUCAGGAAGUUGAUGUGACUUCCAGGGAGAGAGUUUUUCAAGAGAUAACUUCCUCUCAGGGCCCUCUUGAUGCCACCGUUGAAGUUCGUAUCCUGUUUCCAACAGCUGAAGAGAAAGCUGACUUCCCAGAAGAUAUAAGCACAGAACUUGUGAAAACAUUUCAGACCUAUGGCAAUGUUAUCCUUGUAAGGCUUAUCAGAGGGCAAAUGAUUGUCACAUUUGAAGAUAGUAGGACAGCUUUAAAUGUUCUUGAUUUGGAUGGCUUAAAGGUAAAUGGCAAAACUAUAAAAAUAAGGCCUAAAACAGAGGACUGGCUCAAGGGUCUGCAUGAAGAAAUUGCUCGAAACAGAGAUAGCAUAGCACCCAUGUCACCAAAUGCCAACUCCUGCUUACUCGAAGAGAACUUUGAUUUCACCAGUUUGGAUUAUGAAUCAGAAGGUGAUAUAUUGGAUGAUGAUGCAGAUGACUUGAUGCCGCAACAUCUGGAGACCAACAAGCCGGGAGCUGUCUGUGAUAGGCCUGCCGAUGAUUCAGUAGCCUGUGCAGUCAGAGCUCCCCAGGUGAAUUCAAAGAAACCACAUUCAUUCAAAGAUGAUGCAGAUUUGAUGGCCCUAAAGAAAGAGCUGGAGGCUGUUGGAGAGUUUCGCUCUCGGUCGCCAAGUAGGUCUUUAUCAGUCCCUCAUGCCUCACGCCCACCGCCACAGAGACCUCCACAGAGACCACCACCUCCAAAGAGCACUCACCAAUCUUCAGUUGUGCAAAUUGCUAAACCCCUUUCUGGAGCACCACAAUAUCCAUCUUCAGGAAUGUCUGGCAUCAGCAAACCGUAUAAUGUGAAACAGAUUAAGGCAACUACAACCCAGGAGGCAGAAGAAGCUAUACGAUGGCUAAUGGAUAACAGCAAAGAAAAACAACAAGUGGGCCAAACUGGUGUACGUCCGCAAAACAGUAGCUUGAAAGAAAAACCAAAGUCUGUUUCUUUGAAUUCAACACAGAAGAAUGUCCCAGCCACAGAGCCAGCUCUGGUGCCACAAAGGCCGCCACCAAUGGUUCCCAGUAUGAAGCCUGUUCCCAUACAAAAAUCUGAAGCAAAGCCUGAACCUUCUUUUCAUCUAAAGCAAAAGGCAAAUGAACAAGACCCGGUGUGUGGCGUUCCUGCUAAGCCACAGCCUCAUGUUGAUGUAUUUGAACAUACCAGCAUGCCCCCAGCUGUACCGCCCAUACCAAAACUAGAGGUUCAUUUGACUUCUGCAGAUCCUGAAAAGUCACACAGUGCUGUUAUACCAACCAAAUCAGAAAUAUGUAAGGAUGAUGGGGAAAAAAAUAACAACAGCACUUUGGAUUCUGCAUCCUCCACACAGCUGGCCACUGUGGCAGAUUUGUUACUUGGUUUAAACAUCAAUGAUGUUGGAAAUUCUAAUCAAUCUGUCCUUUUACCAAACUUGGAUUCUUAUCUUGACUUAAUGAACUUUCAAGAUGGCCCAUCACAGAUAGCGCCUAAAGUAAAGCCUCAGUUUGAUGUGUUGCACCAGAAUGUUACAAGCGCUCAAAUAGCUGAAUCCAUGGACUCUAAUAAUGUCCAAAAUGUACGUCCUGUACCUAAACCAAGAACACUGCCACCAUCCCAGGUUGCAAAGAUUCCUCAACGGAAACUAAGUGAUGAGAUCUCUUCAACAGCUCAAGUUAUUCCAGUGCAAGAACCCUCUUUUAUUCCAAAGGUUCCCCCACGCAGAAAAAAGUCUGCUCCUGCUGCUUUUCACCUUGAAGUUUUACACAGUAACAGUAAUCUCUUGCUUCGUGAUGCAUCUAACAAUAGUAAUACAAAUACUGAAGAAAAUGUGUCUCUACAAAUACAUUCUGAGCAUUCCAAUGCAGAUAAUAAUGAAAAUACUCAGAGUAGUUAUUUUCCUCAAACUCAUCCUCAGUCGAUGCAGCCACAAGAAACCUGCAUUUCAGGUGAAUGGAAUUUGUUAGAAUUUCAAUGUGAGAGCAUUCAUCAACCGUCUGGUACUGGAACUUUAAAGAAAGAGUUUACUGGAAAUUGUUCUGAGUGACUUAAUCAGGAGUUUGGCUAAAAGUACGAUUUCACGGUUUCAAAGCUUGAAACCACCAUCAUUUAUAUUUCUUAAUCUAGCAUUCUUAUAGGCAUCUCUCUUCCGAAAGUGAAAAUGGCUGUUGUGCAGUUACUAAGACCAUUCUUUAAAUAAUAAAACAUAAAAUAUGAA